AAAAACACAAAAGCCCCUCGCAGGCUGCUCGUACACACUCCGCGAUGUCGAGUUCGCGUCCAAACUGAGACACUUGGUUUGUUUAUAUUUUUUUUUGUUGUUUUUUUUUUUUUUGUUUUUAAAAAUAAUCCCUCGGCCGGUGAUUAGUCCUCCAUCAGGAAGUGCUUUCAGGAAGUAGUCGCUGCGGCCGUGUUUUGAGUGACAGCUGUGCGGUGGUGACAGCCCACACGGGACGGCAGCCGCAGAGCCGAGCCGACACUCAAGAUGGCAGGUCUGUCUUUAUAUUUUGAAGAUGGCCACGACGAUUUGGAUGACUUUGGAUUCGACGACUACGGCUCAGAGUGCGACGGCAUCCGCAUCACAGCCUUCCUCGAUGCCGGACAAGACAACCUAACUCCUCUCGGGAGGCUAGAGAAGUAUGCCUUCAGUGAGAAUGUCUUCAACAGGCAAAUCGUGGCUCGUGGCCUGCUUGAUGUGCUUCGAGAGUUCAGUGACAAUGAAAAUGACUUUAUCAGUGUGAUGGAGACAGUUGCCAGAAUGUCAGAAGACGGAGAGCCCACAGUGCGAGCUGAACUGAUGGAGCAGGUCCCCAACAUUGCCAUGUUCUUACACGAGAGUCGCCCCAACUUCCCAGCUGCUUUCUCAAGAUACUUGGUUCCCAUUGUCGUUCGAUAUCUCACUGAUCCAAAUAACCAGGUGCGGAAGACCAGCCAGGCAGCGCUGCUUGUUCUGUUGGAGCAGGGCCUCAUCUCUAAAGCUGAUAUGGAGACCAAAGUUUGUCCAGUGCUGCUUGAACUCACUGAACCCAGCAGUGACGAUGACUACAAAAUCGAGGCAGUUGCUAUUAUGUGUAAAGUUGUCACCAUGUUGAGCAAAGACACAGUGGAGCAUCUAUUGCUGCCACGCUUCUGUGACCUGUGCAGUGAUGCCAGACUCUUUCAAGUUCGCAAGGUCUGUGCAGCAAAUUUCGGAGAGUUUUGUUCUAUUGUUGGUCAGGAGGCUACAGAAAAACUACUGAUGCCCAAGUUCUUCGAUCUGUGCUCAGACAGUCUGUGGGGCAUCAGGAAAGCCUGCGCCGAGUGCUUCAUGAUGGUCUCUAAUUCCACCUCUCCCGAGGCGCGACGUGUGACACUGUCCCCGCUGUUCAUCAGCCUCAUCAGUGACCAGUCUCGCUGGGUGCGACAGGCUGCCUUUCAGUCUCUGGGGCGUUUUAUCUCCACCUUUGCCAAUCCCUCCAGCACAGGCCUUCACUUCAGAGAGGACGGUGCCCUACUAGAGGUCCCCAGAUGUACAUUGGACAGCGACUGCUCCCUAAACUCUCUGAACUGCUCGGACAUCAGUGGGUGCCACGCGGAACGAACCAUCGCUCACACACCUCCCAAUCAGGAUGGCCGUGCCACACCGUCUCCGGAGCACGUGUCGACAACCGACAGCGAGGAAAUGCACAGCUUAGACGACAACCACACUUCUGUUCCCCGAGAGAUGCGCAGCGGCUUCACCCACACAGUAUCAAACAGCAACGCCAGCCCUACAACUACAAACAACGCUAAAAACACAAAAGAAACAGAGCACACAGACGAGAACUUUAAUUCUUUCAACUACUGGAGAUCUCCUUUACCGGACAUCAGUGGGGAACUGGAGAUGCUAAAUUGUCAAACAUCAGCGGGAGUGUUAGAGAAUGACGAAAAGGAGGAGGAGGAGGAGGAACCUGAAGGUAAUUGUCCUGAUUCCAAGUCCAGCCCUGGCAAAGCUACCAGCGACCAGAUCCAGAAGGUCUUGGACUGUUUGCAACCGCACAUGGAUGACCCCGAUGUGCAAGCUCAAGUCCAGGUGUUGUCAGCCGCGCUGAAGGCAGCCCAGCUCGACAGCCCAGCAGACGACAGCCCGGCUGAACCCGAGCCAGAAGAAGAGCCUGAGAACAACAGCGACAGCCCAUCCGUGGAGACGAAAUCUGUGGAGGUUCAGUCAGAGAGUGAAGAGAGUCCCACAGAAGAGGAGCAAACGAUGGAAAGUCCCCCAGCCUCAGAGUCGAGCCCUGUCCAGGAGCAGGGAGACGAAGAGACGCAGACGGAGCCCCUGGAGGACCAGGAGGACCAGGAAGAGUCUCCUCCUGACUCCCCUGUUCUAGAGUCUGAACUAAUUGAGAGUGUGGAGGAGGAGGGAAAGGAAGACUCUGCUCACAGCCCAGGGCCUGAGGAUAAGCCUAAGAUCCAGAAUGUCAUCCCCCAGCAGCUGUUGGAUCAGUACCUCUCUAUGACGGACCCGGCCCGGGCCCAGACCGUGGAUACAGAGAUAGCCAAACACUGUGCCUUCAGCCUGCCGGGGGUAGCGCUCACUUUGGGACGACAGAACUGGCACUGCCUCAAGGACACGUACGAAACCCUCGCUACUGAUGUGCAGUGGAAGGUACGGCGUACGCUGGCUUUCUCUAUCCAUGAACUGGCAGUUAUUCUGGGAGACCAGCUGACAGCAGCUGAUCUGGUGCCCAUCUUCAACGGUUUCCUCAAAGACCUGGACGAGGUCCGCAUCGGCGUGCUCAAACACCUCUACGACUUCCUCAAGCUGCUGCACGCAGACAAGAGGAGAGAAUAUCUGUACCAACUGCAGGAGUUCAUGGUGACGGACAACAGUCGCAACUGGAGAUUCAGAUAUGAGCUGGCAGAGCAGUUAAUCUUGAUCAUAGAGUUGUACAGCCACUACGACGUGUAUGACUACCUCAGACAGAUAGCGCUCACUCUCUGCUCUGACAAAGUCUCAGAGGUCAGGUGGAUCUCCUACAAACUGGUUGUAGAGAUCCUCCAGAAGCUGUAUGCGUGUGGGGCUGAUGAUCUGGGCCUGAACUUCAUCAACGAGCUCACUGUCAGGUUCUGCCACUGUCCCAAGUGGGUGGGUCGGCAGGCCUUUGCCUUCAUCUGCCAGGCCGUAGUGGAGGAGGACUGCAUGCCCAUGGAGCAGUUCAGCCAGCACCUCUUGCCCAGCCUGCUCAGCCUCUCCUCAGACCCUGUGGCCAAUGUCCGCGUACUGGUAGCCAAGGCUCUACGGCAGAGUGUCAUGGAGAAAGCAUACUUCAAGGACCCUGGCUGUGCCUACUCUGACGAGCUGGAGGAGACUGUGAUGACUCUGCAGUCCGACAAGGACCGGGACGUCCGCUUCUUCGCCAGCCUGGACCCCAAUAAAGGCUUGAUGGACACGGCUCCCUUGAUUUAGCCUCAGCUCCUGAGUCCCAUUACAGCCCACCUGCCUGUCUAUCUACCUGUCUGUCUGACUGAUGCACAGUCAGCGUAACCUGCAACACCAGCACCUGACCAGAUCCCCAACCACUCGCCUGCUGGGCAGACCUGCACCAACGACCACUUGAGAAAAAUGUCCGAUGUUCAGAUUACAGUAUAAAAGUGUGAGCAUGCUCAAACAACACGACCCAGUCUCUGGUUGGGCACUACAAUAGCGCACAUCGCAUUCACAAAACACAAAAUGCAUACUUUCUCAGAGUUUUCAGAAAAUGAGCAGGACUCAGAGGAUAGCUGCACCAUUUUGUGGGAGCUGCCACAUUUACGCCUGAACUUUUCCCCGCCCUCCUCCACACUAACAUUGACUCAAUCCUUCCCAAAUCACAGACUUGUAAAACUACGACGGGCUCUCUCUCCAAAGCUAAUUGUAAGCUUGAUAUUAAAUUGCUGAAUUGAUUUUUUUUUUUUUUUUAAUGCUUCUUCACAGCUAUGCAAGUUUAUUGUAAUUUUUAGCUUUUUUUAUUCUUUUUGUAGAUGAGCGAUAAAAGGUUGCGCGUGCCUGCUCUUGACUGAAUGAUUUGGCUGUGUGUUGUUUGAAAGUUGUUGCAGAGUAGGCGCAGACAUCCUGUGUGAUUGUAAGAUAACGCUGAAUUUAUUUUCUAUGCUUGGUGAUUGUUUUUUGUUUUUUCCCCCCAGAAUUGAAACUACUGUAAUUAGAGAUGCCUGUGGUCUUUUUGAUGUAUGCGUGCUUGAAUGAGAAUGAUCUAAAUGAAUGAAAGAUAUCAUGAAUCCCCACUGUGUUCAUGAGUCCCAUUGAGCUGCAUUUGUUUUUAUUUUUGAAUGACUGGAAACUUGGUGGAAAAUUGAAUCAGUUUCACAGCAGCUAUUGUGUAAGCGAAUUCUGUAACUGAUGCCAUGUAGCAGUUUUGAUCUUAAUUUUUAUAUUUAUUUUGAAAAAUAGAGUCAAAGAAAAUACCAUUUUAUCAAGUACUUGAUUUUGGGGUUGUAAUUUUUGGAAAAUAUAGCACGCAAACUGUUAAAGGACAAAAAAAAAAAGCCUGUUUGCUUUUUUUUUCCUGAUGUGGAGUCACUGUGAAGAAACUAAAGCCAUUGUAGAGCCGGAGUCCUGCUCCACCUCUGGGUUAGCUUGUGAUCCGCUAGCUUUUAGUUCUUAAUGCAUUUUCCUUAACAAGGUGUCUUUUAUGGCUCUCUGUAAAAACCUGAAACAUGACACUGGGAUUUUUGUUUGUAUUUUAUCUGCUACUGUAGUUGACUGUAACACAGCUCUGAUG